AUGGAAGAGAGCACAAAAAUGACGCCUGCCAUGAAUAAAAAUGAAGACAACAUUCUGCGAGAUGGUAAAAGCACUUUAUAUGAAAUUGAUACUGCUUUUGAUUACCAUAACUGUCCGUUAUCCUGCCCCGAUGUGUAUAGUCCUGUUUGCAUAACAGUCAACAGAGGUCAUGGGAUGUAUUACAAAUUCUUCACAUUCGUAAAUCACUGCGAAGGAGAUUUGUAUUACUGUAAAAAUUGGAGAGAAUUCAGCCCUCCUCCCGACGAAGACGAAUUGGUUCGCAGUUCACCUUUGAGCUGGUCGUUCUGUGCCGCUAACAGGUUGUCACACCAUUUAAUUUCUGAAUAA